AUGGCGACCCGGCGAGCCGGACGGAGCCGCUGGGAGCUGAGCCCCACGGCGCGGCCGGGCCCCGCGGCUGAGGCGGCGGCGGCCUCCCCGCCCGUGCUGUCCCUCAGCCACUUCUGCAGGCCGCCCUUCCUGUGCUUCGGCGACGUGCGCCUGGGGUCCUCGCGCGCGCGGCCCCUGGCGCUGGACAACCCCAACGACGAGGUGGCCGAGGUGAAGGUCUCGCGCUUCCCGGCCGCCGAGCAGGGCUUCAGCGUGUCGCCGCGCUGCCUGGUGCUGCAGCCUAAAGAAAAAAUUGUGAUUUCUGUUACCUGGACACCAUUAAAAGAAGGCCGAGUAAGAGAGAUUGUGACAUUUCUUGUAAAUGAUAUUUUGAAACACCAAGCAAUAUUACUAGGAAAUGCAGAAGAAAAGAAAAAGAAAAAGAGGAGUGUCUGGAAUACCAUUAGUAAGAAGAAAAUCUCAGCCUCAUCUAAUUAUAACAAAAGAAUUUCAAAUACUCAAAAUGUUAAUAAAACAUUUAGUGUUUCCCACAAAGUUGACAGGGUUAGGAGCCCAUUACAGGCUUGUGAGAAUUUGGCCACGAAUGAAGACUGUUCUCCAACAAAAAACAAUUCUCUAACCCUUGAAGAAGAUGAAAUCCCCCUAUCCCCUAUCAGCCCUAUUUUCAAAGAAUGCCACGGUGAAACUUGCUUGCCACUGUCUGUACGUCGAUCUACUACUUAUUCAUCUCUUCAUGUAUCUGAAAAUGUGGAACUUUUGAAAGCAGAAGAUGCCAACAUUUCAAAACAUUUUAGUUUUAGUGAGAAAGUUAUAACUGAAACUUGCUUUAAUGCUAUACAUAUUAAUGGUCAAAGUGAGGAGAACAAUAAACUUACUUUUACUCCAAACUAUUCUUCAACUUUGAACAUUACACAAAACCAGGGAAAUUUUUUAAGUCCAGAUUCAUUUGUAAAUAAUAGUCAUGUGACUACUAAUAGACUAGAAGCAGUGACAUGCCCUUCAUCAGAUGCCUUUAUGAGAGAUGAUUCAGAGCCUGUACAUUUGGAGUCAAAAACUGUGCAUGAAAUUUAUCGGACAAUUUUAAGUCCAGAUUCUUUCAUAAAUGAUAACUAUGGAAUAAAUCAGGAGCGAGAAUCAGAGUCGGUUCAUCCCAUUUUAUCCCCAAAUCAGUUUGUAAAAGAUAACAUGGCAUAUCUGUGUACAUCGCAGCAAACAAGUAAAGUGUUGUUAUCAAGUGAAAAUUACCAAGUCCCAGAGUCUCCUCAACAGUGUGCGAAAAGUGAAAUUUUGCCAUGUAUUCCUACACAUCAGGGUGUAAAAUCUCCUAAAACUGUUUUUGAAGGAAUUAAAGUUGUGGAAAUGAAGCCAAAUCACUACAGUCUCAGAAAACAAAAUCAUCCUACAUUUCCUGCAGUUCAAGAUGGUUCCAGUCACAGCCAUGAUAAAGAACCUAAAAGACGCCCAAUACUUUCUGCCACUGUUACUAAAAGGAGGGCCACCCAUGGCAGAGAAAACCAAUCUGAGAUGAAUAAACCAAAAGCAAAAAGAUGCCUCAGCAAUGCAGUGAAUGAAAAAGUAAUCAGUUAUCAGAAAGAGAAAAGCGGUUUUCAUUCUUUUCUUCCAAUUAUAGAUCCAGAAUUAAGUAACUCCAAAAGUUAUAAAAGUGAAAUAACUCCCCCUUCAAGGAAAGCUUUAGUUAUUCGUAAAAGAAAGAGUGAGGGAACCAUGGAAGAUGGGAAUGUGAGAGUUGCUGUUACAGAACAUACAGAAGUGCGAGAAAGCAAAAGAAUCCACUUUCCUCCCUUGGAGUCUAAAACAUCAACUGUUAAAAAAACAAAAAGCACAGUAACACCUAUUUCAAAAUGUUUCAGCAACAGAGAGAAAUUAAACCUGAAGAAGAAAACUGAUUCAUUAGUAUUCAAAACUCCUAUUUAUAAAACAAAUAAAAGGACAAAACCUAUUAUUGCUGUGGCGCAGUCCAGUUUGACCUUCAUAAAACCUCUAAAAACAGAUAUUCCUAGACAUCCAAUGCCUUUUGCUGCAAAAAACAUGUUUUAUGAUGAGCGUUGGAAGGAAAAGCAGGAACAGGGCUUCACUUGGUGGCUAAAUUUUAUAUUGACUCCUGAUGACUUCACUGUAAAAACAAAUGUUUCUGAAGUAAAUGCUGCUACUCUUCUUUUAGGAGUGGAGAAUCAACAUAAAAUAAGUGUUCAGAGAGCACCUACAAAAGAUGAAAUGUCUCUUAGAGCUUAUACUGCUCGAUGCAGGUUGAACAGAUUGCGUCAUGCAGCAUGCCGUUUAUUUACUUCUGAAAAAAUGGUUAAAGCUAUUAAAAAGCUUGAAACUGAAAUUGAAGCUAGGCGAUUAAUUGUUCGGAAAGAUAGACACCUUUGGAAGGAUGUGGGAGAACGCCAGAAAGUCCUGAAUUGGCUGUUGUCAUAUAAUCCUUUGUGGCUUCGAAUUGGUCUAGAGACGAUUUAUGGAGAACUCAUUUCUUUGGAAGAUAAUAGUGAUGUCACAGGGUUAGCUAUGUUUAUUCUGAAUCGCUUGCUUUGGAAUCCCGAUAUCGCAGCUGAAUAUAGACACCCCACUGUUCCACAUCUCUAUAGAGAAGAUCAUGAAGAAACUUUGUCGAAGUUUACACUGAAAAAGUUAUUGUUGUUGAUCUGUUUCCUUGAUUAUGCUAAACUUUCCAGACUUAUUGAUCAUGAUCCUUGUCUCUUCUGUAAAGAUGCUGAAUUCAAGGCUAGUAAAGAGAUUCUUCUGGCUUUUUCACGAGAUUUCCUAAGUGGAGAAGGUGACCUUUCCCGUCACCUUAGCUUAUUGGGAUUACCUGUUAGUCAUGUUCAGACACCAUUUGAUGAAUUCGAUUUUGCUGUGACCAAUCUUGCUGUGGACUUGCAAUGUGGGGUGCGUCUUGUGCGAACCAUGGAACUUCUCACACAGAACUGGGAUCUCUCAAAGAAACUCAGGAUUCCUGCAAUAAGUCGUCUUCAAAAGAUGCACAAUGUUGACAUUGUUCUUCAAGUCCUAAAAUCAAAAGGAAUUGAAUUAAGUGAUGCGCAUGGAAAUACAAUUCUAUCUAAGGAUAUUGUGGAUAGGCACAGAGAAAAAACUCUUGGGUUGCUUUGGAAAAUAGCAUUUGCCUUUCAGGUGGAUAUUUCCCUAAAUUUAGAUCAAUUAAAGGAUGAAAUUGACUUUCUAAAACAAACACGGCGUAUAAAGAAAACAAUGUCUGCACUAACAUGCCAUUCUGAUGCUUUUAUUAAUAAAAAAGACAAAAGGAAUCAUUCCUUUGGACAAUAUAGUGAAAGCAUUAAAUUAUUGAUGGAUUGGGUGAAUGCUGUUUGUGCUUUCUAUAAUAAAAAGGUGGAGAAUUUCACAGUGGCUUUCUCAGAUGGUCGUGUGUUAUGUUACCUGAUCCACCACUACCACCCUUGCUAUGUGCCUUUUGAUGCCAUUUGUCAGCGCACUACCCAAACUGUGGAGUGCAUGCAGACUGGUUCAGUGGUAUUAAAUUCAUCAUCUGAAUCUGAUGAUAGUUCUCUGGAUCUGUCUCUUAAAGCAUUUGAUCAUGAAAAUGCUUCAGAACUAUACAAAGAGCUCCUAGAAAAUGAGAAGAAAAAUUUUCAUUUAGUUAGGUCUGCAGUUCGAGACCUUGGUGGAAUACCUGCAAUGAUUCAUCAUUCAGAUAUGUCAAAUACAAUUCCAGAUGAGAAGGUGGUCAUUACUUAUUUGUCAUUUCUCUGUGCAAGGCUUUUGGAUCUUCGUAAAGAAAUACGAGCUGCCCGUCUUAUACAGACAACCUGGAGAAAAUAUAAACUACAAAAAGAUCUGAAAUGCCAUCAGGAAAGAGAUAAAGCUGCAAGAAUUAUUCAAUCUGCUGUAAUCAAUUUUCUAGCUAAACGACGAUUGAAAAAAGAGGUUAAUGCAGCACUGGUAAUUCAGAAAUAUUGGCGAAGAGUCUUAGCACAGCAAAAAUUUUUAACAUUAAAAAAAGAAAAACUGGAAAAGGUUCAAAAAAAAUCAGCAUCUGUUAUUCAGGGGUAUUGGAGAAGAUACUCUGCUAGAAAAAGAUUUCUGAAACUGAAAUAUUAUUCAAUCAUUUUGCAGUCUAGGAUAAGAAUGCUGAUUGCUGUAGCAUCUUAUAAGCGAUAUCUUUGGGCUACAGUUACAAUUCAGAGGCAUUGGCGUGCCUGUUUAAGAAGAAAUCAAGAUCAACAGAGAUAUGAAAUGUUAAAAUCAUCAGCCCUGAUAAUUCAGUCUGUGUUCAGAAGGUGGAGGCAACGUAAAAUGAAAUUACAGCUAAGAGCUGUGAUUAUUCUGCAAAGAGCUUUUAGAGAAUGGCAUUUCAGGAAACAAGUUAAAGAGGAAAAGUCUGCUGUUGUCAUACAAUCGUGGUAUAGAAUGCACAAAGAAUUACGGAAAUAUAUUUAUGUUAGAUCUUGUGUUGUUAUCAUUCAGAGAAGAUUUCGGUGCUUUCAAGCCCAAAAGUUAUAUAAAAGAAGAAAAGAGUCUGUGCUGACGAUCCAGAAGUACUACAGAGCCUAUCUGAGAGGAAAGAUUGAACGCACCAAUUAUCUGCAGAAACGAGCUGCGGCCAUUCAACUGCAGGCUGCUUUCAGGAGAAUGAGAGCUCGUAAUUUACACAGACAGAUUAGGGCUGCCUGUAUUUUACAAUCAUACUGGAGAAUGAGACAAAACAGAUUUCGAUUUUUAAGCCUUAAGAAGUCUGUUAUCAGAUUGCAGGCACACGUAAGAAAACAUCAACAGUUACAGAAAUACAAGAAGAUGAAGAAAGCAGCUCUUGUAAUUCAGACUUAUUUCCGAGCUCACAUUACAGCCAGGAAAGCUCUAGUGUCUUAUCAGAAAAUACGUUCUGCUGUCAUUGUUCUACAGUCUGCAUACAGAGGGAUGCAAGCCAGGAAAACAUCUGUUCGCAUCCUCACAUCCAUUAUAAAGAUCCAAUCAUAUUACCGUGCUAAUGUUUCCAAAAAGAAAUUUCUGAAACUAAAAUAUGCUACAAUAAAACUGCAGUCAAUUGUCAAGAUGAAACAAACACGUAAACAAUAUCUACAUUUAAGAGCAGCUGUAGUGUUUAUCCAGCAGCGGUACCGUUCCCAAAAACUGGCUGCACAGAAAAGAGAAGAAUAUGUGCAGAUGCGGGAAUCUUGUAUCAGACUACAAGCUUUUGUUAGGGGACAUCUGGUCCGAAAGCAGAUAAGGUUGCAGAGAAAAGCUGCUAUUUUACUGCAAUCUUAUUUCAGAAUGAGAAAGAUGCGGCAAGACUACCUGAAAAUUUAUAAAGCAGUUGUUGUCAUUCAGAUCUACUAUCGUGCAUACAAGGCACUAGUCAAUCAGCGAAAGAAUUUCUUGCAAGUCAAAAGAGCAGCUACUUGCUUACAAGCAGCUUACAGAGGAUAUAAAAUACGGCAGCUAAUGAAACAACAGUCUGUGGCUGCCCUUAAAAUUCAAACUGCUUUUAGAGGCUACAGUAAAAGGGUGAAAUACCAGUCUGUGCUUCUGUCUGCUGUAAAGAUUCAGAGAUGGUAUAGGGCACAUAAGACUGCUUGUGAUGUAAGAACACAUUUUUUAAAGACAAGGGCAGCAGUGAUUUCUCUCCAGUCUGCUUAUCGCGGCUGGAAAGUUCGGAAGCAGAUCAGGAGGCAGCAUCAAGCUGCAAUGAAGAUUCAGUCUGCUUUUAGAAUGACUAAGGCCCAGAAACAGUUUAGAUUGUUAAAGACAGCAGCACUGGUCAUCCAGCGACAUCUGAGAGCAUGGAUUGCAGGAAAGAAGCAACGUAUGGAGUAUAUUGAGCUCUGUCGUGCUGUAUUAAUGCUUCAGUCUGCUUGGAGAGGAAGAACACUGAGAAGACAGAUUCAGAGGCAACACCAAUGUGCUGUGCUCAUACAGUCAUACUGUAGAAUGCAUCUGCAACAAAAGAAGUGGAAAACUAUGAAGAAAGCUGCUCUUCUGAUUCAAAUGUAUUACAGGGCUUACAGUAUUGGUAGAAAACAACAUCAUUUAUAUUUAAAGACAAAAGCAGCUGUUGUAAUUUUACAGUCAGCUUACCGUGGUAUGAAAGUGAGAAAAAGACUAAAGGAUUGCAACAAAGCAGCAGUCACUAUACAGACUAAAUAUAGAGCCUAUAAGACAAAACAGAAAUAUGCAACCUAUAGAGCCUCAGCUAUUAUAAUUCAGAGAUGGUAUCGAAAUAUUAAAAUUGCAAGCCAUCAACAUAGGGAAUACCUUACUUUAAAGAAGACAACAGUUAAGAUCCAAGCUGUUUAUAGAGGUGUUAGAAUAAGAAGACAUAUUAAACGCAUGCAUAUGGCAGCCACUUCUAUUCAAGCCAUGUUUAAAAUGUAUCAGUUGAGAGUAAGAUACCACAGACUGAGACAAGCUGCUGUUGUAAUUCAAGUAAGAUACAGAGCGUAUUAUCAAGGUAAAAUUCAGCGUGAAAAUUACCUGACAAUUUUGAAAGCUGUUAAUAUUCUUCAGGCAAGUUUUAGAGGAGCUAGAGUUAGACAGACUCUAAGAAAGAUGCAGAUUGCAGCAACACUCAUUCAGUCACACUAUAGAAGAUACAGACAGCAAACACACUUUAAUAAGUUGAAGAAAUUAACAAAAACAAUACAGCAGAGAUACCGUGCAGUGAAAGACAGAAACAUGCAAUUUCAAAGGUACAACAAGUUGAGACAGUCUGUAAUAUGCAUUCAGUCAGCUUUUAGGGGGAUGAAAGCCAGGAGACAUUUAAAAGUUAUGCAUUUAAAUGCUACCCUUAUUCAGAGGAGAUUUAGAACUCUAAUCAUGAGAAGAAGAUUCCUCUCUCUCAAAAAAACUGUUGUUUGGAUUCAGAGAAAAUACCGUGCAAAACUUUGUGCAAAGCAUCACUUACAAUUCCUUAAGUUGCAAAGGGCAGCUAUUCAAAUCCAGUCAUCAUAUAGAGGAUGGGUGGUUAGGAAAAAGAUUCAAGAAAUGCAUAGAGCUGCUACUUACAUCCAGGCUACUUUCAGGAUGCACAGAGCAUAUGUGAGAUACCAGGCACUGAAACAGGCCUCACUUGUGAUCCGACAACAAUACCAAGCAAAGCGAGCUGGGAAGCUGCAGAGGCAGCGUUUCCUCACACAGAGACGUUCUGCUGUGGUCCUUCAGGCUGCCUUUAGGGGCAUGAAAACUAGAAGACAUUUGAAAAGCAUGCAUUCCUCUGCAACUCUUAUUCAGAGUAGAUUUAGAUCUUUAGUGAUGAGGAGAAGAUUCAUUUCCCUCAGAAAAGCUGCUAUUUUUGUUCAACAGAAAUAUCGAGCCACCAUUUAUGCCAGGAAAAAAUUGCAUGAAUUCUUGCAGUUACGAAAAGCAGCCAUUGUGAUACAGUCAUCUUACCGACGACUCCAAGGGAAGAAGUUACAAGAAAGGCACAGGGCUGCAACUGUCAUUCAGGCCACUUUCAGAAUGCACAGAACUUAUGUUACAUUUCAGACUUGGAGAAAUGCCUCAAUUCUAAUUCAGCAACGUUAUCGAGCAUACACAGCUGCAAAACUGGAGAGAGACAGUUUUGUCAGGCGAUGGGAUUCUGCUGUGGUCAUUCAGGCUGCUUAUAAAGGAAUGAAAGUGAGACAGCAUUUACAGAAAGAACACAGAGCGGCCGUCAUUAUACAAAGCACAUAUAGAAUGUAUAAGCAGCAUUGUCUGUACCAAAAGCUUCAGUGGGCUACAAAAGUAAUACAACAAAAAUACAGAGCAAAUAAAAAGAAACAAGAAGCUCUUCUACACAACACACCUAAGGAAGUAGCAGCAACUUGUAUUCAGGAAGCAGAGAAUCGGGCUGCCAUGAAAAUUCAAAAAGCUUUCCGUAAAAUGGUCACAAGAAAACUGGAAACACGUAGAUGUGCGGCCCUGCGAAUUCAGUCCUUCCUUCAGAUGGCUGUGUGUCGAAGAAGAUUUCUUCACCAGAAAAGAGCUGCGAUCACGCUGCAGCAGUAUGUCAGGACAUGGCAAACCAGAAAACAGUUUCUAAUGUAUAGAAAGGCUGCAGUGGUUUUACAAAAUCACCACAGAGCCCUUCUCUCUGUGAAACAUCAAAGACAAUUUUAUUUACGAAUCAGGAGCAGUAUUAUCACUAUUCAAGCUGCAAUUAAAGGAUUUAUACAGAAAAGGCGAUUUCAAAAAAUUAAAAAUAGCACCAUCAAAAUUCAGGCCAUGUGGAGGAGAUACAAGGCUAGGAAAUAUUUACGUGAAGUGAAAGCUGUCCGCAGGAUUCAAGCCUGGUAUCGGUGUCAAAGAGCACGCAAAGAAUAUCUGGCUGUGUUAGAAGCUGUUAAAAUUAUUCAAGGUUACUUCCAUACCAAACUGGAGAGAGAACGAUUUCUGAAUUUGAGAACAUCAACAGUUACCAUUCAGAGAAGAUGGAGAGCUAUACUUUCUGCAAGAAUAGCUCGUGAGAACUUCUUAAUGAUAAAAAGACAUCGAGCUGCCAGUGUGAUCCAAGCACAUUUUAGAAGAUAUAAAGGAAGGCAGGUCUUUCUUCACCAGAAACCUGCAUUGAUCAUACAAAAAUAUAUCCAAGCCAGGGAGGCUGAGAAGUGUGAAAGGAUGAAAUAUGCUGAAUUAGAAAAAUCUACAAUUAUUCUUCAAGCACUGGUGCGCGGUUGGUUAGUAAGAAAAAGAAUUUUAGAACAGAAAACCAGAAGUCGGCUGCUUCGCUUCACAGCGGCUUCGUAUUAUCACCUGGCUGCCCUUAGCAUCCAAAGAGCCUUCAGACGUCACCUUGCUGCGAAGCAUGCUAACAAGCAGGUUAAUUCAGCCAUCUGUAUUCAGAGAUGGUUUAGAGCAAGCUUACAACAAAGGAGAUUUAUUCAGAAAAAUGAUAGCAUGAUAAAAAUUGAACAUGCUGUUCAAGAAUGUCUGAACCAGCAAAAUAAGGCUGCAACAGUAAUACAGAAAGCAGUGCGCCAAUUUCUCCUUCGCAAAAAACAGGAAAAAAUUAGUAGUGGAAUCACUAAAAUUCAGGCUUUAUGGAGAGGCUAUUAUUGGAGGAAGAAAAAUGAUUGUACAAAAAUUAAAGCUAUCCGACUAAGUCUACAAGUUGUUAAUAGAGAGAUUCAAGAAAAUGACAAACUCUACAACAGAACUGCACUUGCACUUCAUUAUCUUUCAACUUAUAAGCACCUUUCUGCCAUUCUUGAAGCUUUAAAGCACCUAGAGGUAGUUACUAGAUUGUCUCCUCUUUGCUGUGAAAACAUGGCCCAGAGUGAAGCAAUUCCUAAAAUAUUCGUUUUGAUCCGAAGUUGUAAUCGCAGUGUUCCUUGUAUGGAAGUUAUCAGAUACGCUAUACAAGUCUUGCUUAAUGUAGCUAAGUAUGAGAAAACUACUUCAGCAGUUUAUGAUGUAGAAAAUUGUAUAGAUACAUUAUUGGAGCUUUUGCAGAUGUACAGAGAAAAACCUGGUGACAGAGUUGCCGACAAAGGUGGAAGCAUUUUCACAAAAACUUGUUGUUUGUUGGCUGUUUUAAUGAAGACAACAAAUCGAGCCUCUGAUGUACGAAGUAGGUCCAAAGUGGUUGACCGUAUUUAUAGUCUUUACAAACUUACAGCUCAUAAACAUAAAAUGGAUACUAAAAGAAUACUUUAUAAACAAAAGAAGAAUCUUUGUACAGGCACUCCCUUUAUUCCAGAAACACCUGUGAGGACCAGGAUGGUUUCAAGACUUAAACCAAAUUGGGUUUUGAGAAGAGAUAACAUGGAAGAAGUCACGAAUCCCCUACAAGCUAUUCAAAUGGUGAUGGAUACACUUGGCAUUCCUUAUUAGUAAAUGUCAACAUUUUCAGUUUCUACAGUAUAAAGAAACAUUAAACUAAUCAUGAAUAUGUAGUAUUUUUUGCUUUCUGUGUGCAGCUUUCAGAAUUGGACAUUGUAUUAAAGUUAAAAAAUACAUUUAUGU